AUGGACAGGGACGAACUACGAAAAAAUGAGCGAGGAGGAACUGAGAGUGGCACAAAAGAGAAGUCGGGAGAAUGGGUGUUGAUCGAUGAAACGAACAAAACCGAGUUACUAGCCUCUGGGGGGCUGGAUGCACCGCUGGCAUCUACAAGUGAAGCUACCGAGAGCAUGCUGCCAUUCGCUGAUGCAGACCUUUUGACGGAUGAAGGAUCGAAGUCAGACGACGGGGAGGACAGGGACUUGGACUGCCUGUCUUCCUCAGCUGUAGCCUCGGAGGGUCCAUUAACGACAGAACGCAUCUUCUCAUCAUUCUUCAAUGUUGUUUCUACGGCCCUCCUUGCAUUGCAGCCUGAUCUUGCUCAUACACGCAACUUAUCACGCACCUGGAGUGCGGCAAAUUCAUCACGCCCACACCAACCCUGGAGAUGGUUUGGCGCUGCUGAUAUCCUUGUGCAAUGGGUAUCCGCGAUCUUCGUGUCCACCUGUACGACCAUUCCGGAGGGUGUCAACGAAGGUUCAUCCCAGGACAUCGCACCAACUCACUCCCCGGGCCCAGAUCGAGAGCACAUCCCCCCCCCAGUUCGAGAAUUGACUUGGAGACAGAAGCCUACCGAGGAUAACGCCGAUGAAGAUGACGGUAGCUUCCCAGUGGAACUCCCAAUAGAGAUCCCUCAGGAUCCUCUUCUCGAAACCUCUGCCGGAGCCAAUGCGGGAAGAUACGGGUCACCCCUGGCAAGGUGGAUCAAACAGUGGAAUAUCGCUAACAGGUACAUUCCGUACUCACAUUCGCGUGGUCUUGAAACCCCCGGGGACGACCUUUACACAAAUUCCGCACAAAGUACGAGUUGCUGGCCUCGGUACGGGAUAUCGUGCAAAUUCAGAAGGAAGCAGUUGAACAAUGCCAAUGUUCUUCACCGCGAUUGUAGUCUCUUCAAUGCCAUGAUCGAGUACGAUGGUAACGGCACCCACGGAAUGCUGAUAGAUUGGGGAGUUUGCCGUGAAGAUCUUGAAGAAUCAGAGUUACACUGUUGGGGGCACCGGCACAUUACCCUUCAUGUCCCGAGCACUUCUCCUGCAGCUCCACCUCAAGACUCCAACUGA